CUUAUAGUUUAGUGGCAUAGAUUUUCAAUUAGGCAGCGUCAGGAUUUGGAGUGAGAAAGCAUCGCAGUUCAUUUUAAAGUCUCAUUGCACGACUCGCGAGCCAGCGUCAAGUUGCGUUAAUAUUAAACGACUGCAUUCAAGCCGAAAGCCGCUGACGUCCAAUGAAAGCCCACUCAACGGCCGUGGAUAUCUGCCAGAACGAUGUUGAUGUGCUCGCCCAGCUGCAACAACUGCAAUCGAAUCAUCUCUUGCUGCGCCAGCAGCUAACUCAACUGCAACGCGACGCAUUCAGGCGCCGGCUGCUGCACCAGAAGCGCCUGUACGAGACGCGUGCCGCCCUGGAGACUCAGCUCCGCAGGCUGCAGCUCAAGCACAAUCGGCGAUGGGGCCUGUGAGGAGCGUGGACGUGGCCAGACUGGCACAUCCUGUAAAUCAUUUGCGUGAUGCAUGGAAUGUGACUAUCAAUCAAUUUUUAAAUUAUCACUAGUUCAAAUUUCAAGUUUUAAAUCAAUUAUAUGAAUAUUAUGCUAAUAUAUAGAUAAUUCUUGCUGGCAUUGACUAUCAUAAGUCUCUUUAGAA